CCUUCUGUGUUAUUGUUUACACCGAGUCUGCGGACUGAAUUUUGGAGGCGUCCACCGCUUGUAUCAAAAGUGCGGCCAAAUAUGUACUCACAUCCUUUACUCAGUCCAUAGAGAAGAGGUAGACAGUAACAGCAGUGGUAAUAUCAGCAACAUGGCCAAGGAGACGAAGGCGGCUGUGCCCAAGGAGGCCCAGGUGAUGAGCGCCAUCCUGAAGGACAUGGGCAUCACUGACUACGAGCCCGGCGUCAUCAACCAGAUGCUGGAAUUCACUUACCGUUAUGUGUCCCAAGUGUUGGAUGAUGCACGGGUGUUUGCCAACUAUGCCAAGAAGAACCGCACCAUAGAGAUGGAUGAUGUCAAACUGGCGGUGCACAUGCAGAUGGAGAAAUCCUUCACCACUCCCCCACCCAGAGAUUUGCUACUGGAGGUGGCUCGGAGCCGCAAUGCCAACCCUCUGCCUCCCAUCAAGGUCAACCAGUAUGGCAUCCGUCUUCCUCCCGACCGCUACUGCCUCUCUGCCUGCAACUAUAGAAUUAAGCCACCACGUAAGAAGACAUCAAGCCUCCCAACACCACUAGGGGGUAACCGCAUCAGUUUGGGUGGAAGUGGUGGUGGCAUGAAGUUGGCCAGUGCCCCCAUCAAACCCACGAUCUCCAUGGUCACCACCAAGACAGGCAACACACAGACAGUCACGCUGGUGCAGAAACCAGCCACCACCAUCACCUCAGGACCUGCCCAGAAGAUUGUCAGUGUCAACCGACCCGUCUUCAAGGUCACACCAGGUACUCCAGGCGGCAGCGCGCCCAAGUUCCAGCUCUCCGCAGGGAACAGCGGUGUCAUGAUGAACGUGACCUCUGGCAUUAAGGUGGACCCUGAUGCACCAACCUCAAAGAGAAAGAGGGAAGAUGACGAGCCUGAUGUUGGACAGUAGAAUUGGGAACUGCUGGAGACUCAACCCCUUGCAGCCUUGGAGGGUAUUUGUAGUGCUGGUGUCAGGUUCUUACAAAUAAAUAGAAUUGAAUUUUUAAAAUUAGUUUUCAUGCCUGUUUACUAUUAAUGUCUUUAUAAUGUCAUGGUAGAAGUCAUUGCAAAUUAGGUCUUUGGAAGGUAACUGUUUAGCAUUUACUCUGAAAGUGUUUUCAAUCCAAAGUUAAAUAAAUAUGAUGAUGAAUGUGUUAUCAGAUGAAUAACGGUUAAGCCUAAUACCGUGCCUUGAUUCUUUCUGUGUUAAAGGGCCUACACCACCUCUGUAUAUGUGUUCUCUGGAAAGGACCUGAAAGAACAUCACUGGGAUGUGUAUAGUAGUCUUUAGUGGAUCUCAGCACAAGAAACUCAAAUAAUACAUCUUAUGCUGCUGCACUUAACUAGUAAUUAUUUGAGGAUAAUAGCACUCUCUCUCUCUCUCUCUCUCUCUCUCUCUCUCUCUCUCUCUCUCUCUCUCUCUCUCUCUCUCUCUCUCUC